AUGGCCGAGCCAUCGCAGAUUUCCAAGCCAAACCGAAUAUUUCCGAUAUCGAUUCCCUUUCCCAAAUCACCCAAUAACACAACCGCGGCGGUGGCUCUUAGUUGGAAUCUCGAAAGUCCCUCUGUUACUCUUUUUGAUAAGGGGGCGGACGCCGUCGGAGCUCUAUUUUCGGGUCUCCUGCUUGUACACGUGGGAGGAGACUUCGCCAAACUGGAUGCUUUGGUUGCGUUACUCUCGAUCCAAAUAAGGCGACAAUGGCCUCAAUCUCGCUGGGGCUCUUGUGCAGACUGUCAGAUACAGUCCGUCAAUAUUGAGACAUGGAGUUUUCUCAAUAGUCCGACAAUACUAUCAAGAGGCGUCCACCAAUUUCCCUUCUCCUCGUUUAUACCCGGGCACUAUCCAGCAACCGUCAACAUCCCUGCCUUUUUCAUAUCUUACAAUCUCAAGGCCACGAUGGAUAUCGCUCGAAGCCCAAACCAGCAUGCUAUCUCAAACAAUCACAUCGAACUCAAGGACUCUAUAAUGGUGAAGAGAGUCUCCUCACCACCGAAGCCUCCUCACCACUUGUACGUCGAACUGAAGCCCAUCAAAGCUAGGGUGGGGGUGUUGUAUGAUAGUGUUAUCGAACCGGAGGGUGCGAAUGAGGUUGUUCUACAUCUGGUCGAUCUUCUGGAUUAUGAUGAAAUCCCUCAAAGAAUCGUCUUCUGGCGACUGACAUGUGUCUCCUGGAAGUUCGAAGAGACCAUUCAGCACAGCUUUCCCCUAUGCAAGCACCAUGCCACGCCCUUCAAAACGGCAAACGAGCCAACGACAGAUAUUCGCGUUCUGGCCAAAGGCAUAUUACGAAAGGUUUGGGAGACUGAUGGGAUUGGGGGAGAUGGCACAACCGACUUGAAGUUCAGUUAUGCCAUUGAUCGGCAAAGGUUCCCGGGUCGUGAGUGCAGGCAUGCUUGCGAUGUCAAGCCUUUCUAUGGACUGGCGGUGAAGCAUUCAUUGGAGAUAGAAAUUUUUCUCUCCCAAGAAACAGCUCAUGUGUUGAAGCCAGAUGUAGUAACUCCAACUCCUAAAGGGUUCUUCUAUCGUCUAAGGUUUGACAUAAACCUAACGCGAUAUGCUGAUGGGGAGGUCAACUGGGAUGAAGACACUCCACCGGUAUAUCAAGAUGUGGCUUCACAACCUCCGGCAUAUAUAGAAGAGAAUGAAUCAUGA